GACACCCAAACAAACACAAAAAAUGCAAAAAGGAAUGUUCAAACUUGUUGAAUUAUUUUAAAAUUGCCUUGUUUUUAUUUACAAUCGUCUCAAAUGUCAUCCACCUGUCAUCUGCCAACCAACCCUCCAUGUUUGUUUAUUAUUGACCAAAAAAAGUGCCCCCAGAAUGUGAAAUCGGCCAAAAUUUCGCCCCCUUUACAAUGGAAAGCGGCAUUUCAUUAAUAUAAUGUCAUGGAGAACCGUUGCCGAUUAUGCGCCGAACUCGGCGCUGAUCACUACAACGCUCUCGACGACAUUGACUUGAUAGUGCGAAUUUUCCAACUUUUCAACGUAAAAAUAAGCAACGACGACAAGCUACCAACAUCGGUGUGUCAACUAUGUACAGAAACCGUGAAACACACGUGGGAGUUCAGCCAACACGUGCAGCAAUCCCAGGAAGUCUUGAACAACAUACUCAUCGAGCUCAACAAACCUCAGGAAGUGAGAAUUCCACACAGACCCAUUAUCGACGAGGUAAAAUCAAACCCGACCGACACCAACCCCAAAAAGGAGGAACCGAUCGCACACAAACCCCCAGAGAAGACGAAAAAGCCGAAAUCCAACAAAAAAGAGAGUGACUCGGAACUCAGUGACGUUGAAGUGAACGACGACGGCACCGUCACCCCGAAAAGCGAACUCUUCGGCUGGCACACCUAUCCUUGGACGUGCUGCGACUGCCAUCAGAACUUCAGCAAUUCGGAAGACUUGCGCGAACAUCAUGCCACCGUCCACGGGCAGGCCCCCUCGUAUCCUUGUGCCGACUGCCCUAAAGUUUAUACCAAAUACAGUACGUUUUUGACACACGUGCGCGUGCACCGCCCCAAGUUGCGCUUUUGUUGUGACAUUUGUAAUAAGUGGUUUGCUACCGUUCUGGCGCAGAAGAAGCACAGGAGCGAGCACGUGGACGAGAGGCCCCACACCUGCAACACGUGCGGGAAGAGUUUUCGCAUGCAGUCUGCUUUGAUGGUUCACGCCAGAUCUCAUUUACCGGCGGAGCUGAAGAACAAGCACCAGUGUGACCAAUGUCCAAAAAGAUUCGGCACGAAGCCCAACCUCAUGGCCCACAAGCGCAUCCACGCCGGCGUGCGCGACUACACCUGCGACCAGUGCGGCAAGAGCUUCGUCCAGAAGGGCAACCUCGACAACCACCUCAUCACCCACACCGCCGCCCGGCCCUUCGCCUGCUCGACGUGCGGCAAAGCCUUCAAGACGCUCGUGCGCCUGCGCAAGCACGGCUCGGUGCACUCGGGCCUGAAGCCGCACCAGUGCGACAUCUGCGGCCGGCAGUUUCGCGAAAAGGGCACCCUCAAGGAGCACCACCGUAUUCACACCGGCGCCAUGCCCUUCACGUGCGAGUUCUGCGGCAAGUGCUUCCGCUUCAAGGGCGUGCUGACGACGCACCGCCGCCAGCACACCGGGGAGCGGCCGUACUCCUGCCACGAGUGCCAGCACCACUUCACCAACUGGCCCAACUACAACAAGCACAUGAAGCGGCGGCACGGCAUCAACACGAGCGUGACGGUGCGCAAGCCGCAGAGCAUCCCGCCGACGGGGAUGCCGCACAGGAACCCGCCGGGGACGGUGCUGGCGCCGCCGCAGCCGAUUACGAUCACGGAGAGCUUCGUGGAAACGCCGGCGUCGUUCUACCCGGUGCUGAGUCUGUAUAACCUGCCCGAGGAGCUGCUGCAGCAGAGGGUGUGAGGGACUCGUGUGAUUGUCGGGGGUUUUUAGGUGUAGAUUUCUGCAAGGAAUUACGUAACGUACGAGUAGAGGAGGAAUAAGUGUGUCGACAUAAUUUGUUUCAAAUGUUUAUUUAUUUUUAUUACAAUGUAUCAUUGACGGUGUGUACAAAUAAAUUGAUCAUAGUGUUUAUGAAAUUAAA